CUCUUGCCACUGCCUUCCUGGCAGUCUCCAGAGGGACCCUCAAGCUGGCCUUGGCAUGGAUGACUCCAAGGAGCGCACCAGGUGUCCUGCCCGAGGAACAUGCCCCGUGUUCCUGGCACUGAGCUCGGGGGCUGUCCGCUACGCCCCAUCAGUUCUGGGCCCCGCACUUGACGGGAACUUGGGAGAGGAGCCCUGGGACACAGACAGCCAGCCCCACCCAGACGAGGGCCACCUGCCGCCCCUCGAAGCUGUCCCAGUCCCCUGGAAGAGCGUGGGCCCCUGCAGAAGCCACAGGGAGUCCCCAGGAGGCCUGGCGGAGAGCCCUGGAGGGGAGGAGGCCCAAGGUGAGGAGGGCCCCGCGGCCGCCCAGCUGGACGUGUUGCGCCUGCGAAGCUCUUCCAUGGAGAUCCGGGAGAAGGGCUCCGAGUUCCUGAAGGACGAGCUGCACAAAGCCCAGAAGGAGCUGAAGCUGAAGGAUGAGGAGUGCGAGCGGCUGUCCAAGGUGCGGGAGCAGCUGGAACGGGAGCUGGAGGAGCUGACGGCCAGCCUGUUCGAGGAAGCCCACAAGAUGGUGCGGGAAGCCAACAUGAAGCAGGCGGCGUCGGAAAAGCAGCUGAAGGAGGCGCGGGGCAAGAUCGACAUGCUGCAGGCGGAGGUGACCGCCUUGAAGACGCUGGUCCUCACGUCCACACCAGCCUCCCCCAACCGCGAGCUCCACCCGCAGCUGCUCAGCCCCAGCAAGGCUGGACCCCGCAAGGGCCACUUACGUCAUAAGAGCACCAGCAGCACCCUCUGCCCCGCUGUGUGCCCCACGGCUGGACACACCCUCACCCCGGACAAGGAGGGCAAAGAGCCCGGGCUGCCCCCCCUCCUCUCCCUGCUCCUCUGCGUGGUCCCCAGCAAAGCUGUUCACCUCACCUACGAGCCGGCCUGGCAGCUCCUGCCUGGGGAGCCGCCCGCGGCCCCCACCUCCACUACCUCUCUCUCCUUUUCCCGACAGGUGGACACCACCCUGUUCGCAGAGUUCCAGGCCUGGCGGGAAUCACCCACCCUGGACAAGACCUGCCCCUUCCUCGAAAGGGUGUACCGGGAGGACGUGGGCCCCUGUCUGGACUUCACCAUGCAGGAGCUCUCCGCGCUGGUCCGGGCCGCUGUGGAGGACAACACGCUCACCAUCGAGCCCGUGGCUGCGCAGACACCGCCCACGGUGAAGGUGGCCGCGGUUGAGUGUGGCAGCACCAAAACCUGUGCCCUGAGCGGGCUGGCUCGUGCCUGUCGCCACCGAAUCCGGCUUGGGGACUCUGAGAGCCACUACUACAUCUCGCCAUCCUCCCGGGCCAGGAUCACCGCGGUGUGCAACUUCUUCACUUAUAUCCGCUAUAUCCAGCAAGGCCUGGUGCGGCAGGAAGCCGAGCCGAUGUUUUGGGAGAUCACGAGGCUGCGGAAGGAGAUGUCGCUGGCCAAGCUUGGCUUCUUCCCCCAGGAGGCCUAGGGCAUGGUCCGGGGCCUAGAGGGGGGCUCUGAGCAGCAGCCAACACCUGCCCGGGAAGACAGGGUGCUGGAGCCGGCCCUGAGCCAGAAGCUGAACCAGAUGGACGAAUGGCCAGGCCGUAGACGCCUUGCUGAGCUGGUCCCAGACCUUCAUCCUGGGACAGACAGGACCUUGUGAGCAGACCCUUGUCUUCACAGAUACCAGGAGACUUUCAAGAAAGCACCAAAGACCAAGGAGCUUGGACCUAUACUUGGGCUCAGCCCUUGGGAGGGGAUACCUGGGGCAGGCCUGGGAGCUGCUGCUUGCAGGUGCCUUGUUGCUGCCACAUCCUCAGAAAGGGGCCUAACACCCACCUGGGUGGCCUGACCUCCAGGGUAUUCCUGCCCAACAACCCCCCCCCCCCCCAAACCCACCUCUGGUCCCAAGCUCUGGGCCACCAGCACCCCCUGGUGGCCACCCCUCACCUAUUCCCAAGCAGCCUCCCUGGACUGGCCCCAGAGGGCCCUCUGCCUCCAGCAUCUAUGGGGGUGGUGGGGCCCCAAGGGGCUGUCAGGGACUUGCACACCAACCUGUAUCUGCUUGAGAACUGUCCCCAAACUGUUCUUAAGAUGGAUCAGGGUCCCUCCUCCUUGCACUUGACCCCCUCCUCCCCCCAUCUGAGCCCCGUGCUCCAGGAGGCCCUGCCCCCACCACCACUGGAAGGAUUAGGAUACUUUUCUCCCAAAGUAAAACUCAUGCAGGGCCUCAGGAUACCCGUGUCUUGUUUGGCCGUGGGUGGCCAUCUAGACAACGGGGGCCGCGGCUGCCAAGCCCUGCACACAGGACCAGGAUAGGGUAGGCAGGACCCAGGCCUCCUUCCUCACCCCUCAAAGCCCACUGGGGACCGGGAUCCAACCUGGACACAUCCCUCACCACAGCUGAUUUCCUCCUUUGAAUGGAAUGUAACACGAUCUCUAUUUAAUAAAGGAAGGCUUUGUUGGUCGA